AUGGACGACGUGAUGAUCGACACUGGAAGAGCUCUGAAAGCCCGCAAUCUGAAGAGCAUGGGGAUUCUGGAUCAAGUAAAAGUCAAACCCACUCUGGAAACCUCCUGGGAUGCUCUCAAAGAUCAGAGGAAGAUCCCACAUGGACUUUAUCUGUUCUCAAAGAUCGACCCUGCAAAGGAAAUCCUGUACUACUUAGAUGAUCUGCGAAAACAAGGGGUAGAUAUCUCAGGCUUCAACAUAAGCCAGCUUCCAGAUGAGCCUCCAAACUUCAUGAAGCGACCACGAGGACCCUCUGAGAAGGCAAAGCAAACGAAGAAAGCAAAGCUAGGAGAAUCCUCCGGAUCAAGACCUCCAGUACCUCUGACUGGAUCUUCUGGUAAGUCUAUUUCUCUUGCUCCUUCUGUACAACUUCAUCAUAUUGCUUCCUCUAUCCCUCAACCAACCCCCAUCUAUACAAGUUCAGAAACUUCUCCCUCAACCACUAGACCAUCUAACCAUCCAUCUCAGAAAUUCAACCUUGCCACCACAACCUUGCCUGUUUCAGAAGCAGAAAUGCUGAACAAAACCACUUCACCCUCUUCAUCUUCUUCUCCAGAAUCACCCCCUUACUACAACAUUUCCACAGAUACUGAACCAUCUGACCCUCCCUCUCCAACUCUGGCCCAGCUCCAAACUCGUGCUCUGGCCUCACAACAGCCAACACAACCCACACCUGAACCAAAGGUCACUUCAUCACCCACAGAAGAACCAAACACAACCACCUCUGACCCUCCAUCAUCUGAAACAAUCCACGCUGAACCACAACCAUCCAACUCUGACAUACCCCCACCAACUACAUCCGCUGAACCACAAACUCCCACACUCAACCCAAGCCCUCCCACUUCUCCACCCCUAGCCUCUGAACCUGAAAACACCCUUCCAACCCUUGAGGAAGCAAUAAUGGUGUUUGCAGAAGCCUCAGUUAACAAGGUCAAGUCUCUGACCAUCAACUCUGGCAUCAAUGAUGAUCCUUCAGCUAUAAGGACACACUAG